UGGGACGGGAGGGAGAGAGGGGCGGGGCCGGCGGCGCCCUCCCCGCCGACACACACAAGAUGGCGGCGGCGGCGGUGAGCUGCGGCGGGGCCCUCUGACAGCCUUCGGCCUGCCCGCCGCCAUGUUGGUGAGGGCGGGAGCAGCGGCGGCGGCGGCGGCAACAGCAACAACCACCCUGCCAGGGCUGCGGCGGUUGUGGCGGGGCGGGGGGAGCGGGGCCGCCGCCUGCUUCCAGCUGGGCCGGGCGCUGCUGGCGGUGCGGGGCGCCGAGGCCGCCAUCUUCCUCCAGGGGCUCCUCACCAAUGACGUCACGCGGCUGGUGGAGGGGGACGGGGCCCCCCCUCCCGCCGCGGGGCUGCCGCGCGCGCUCUACGCGCAUGCGCUGAACGUCCAGGGCCGCUGCCUGUACGACGUCAUCCUCUACAGGCUCCACGAGAAUCCAGAAGAAGAGCCGCACAUCCUGCUGGAGUGUGACGGCGGCGUGCUGGAGGCCAUACAAAAACAUCUCAAACUGUACAAGAUCCGGAGGAAAGUAAACAUCGCCCCUUGCCUUGACCUCUCUUUGUGGGCCGUCGUCCCUGGGGAGCAGGCUGGAGACAUCGCCAGUUCCCUCGCUAAAUCUGCAGACCAGGCUCUGAUUUUAACUCCUGACCCCAGGACAGAAGUCAUGGGCUGGAGACUGAUUACAAAAAAAGGAGCAAAUCUGUCGGAGAUUAUCCCUGGGAGUCAGAUUGGAAAUAUUCAGGAUUACCACAGGCACAGGUACAAACAAGGAAUUCCCGAAGGUGUGAAAGAUCUCCCUCCUGGAGUAGCCCUCCCACUGGAAUCAAACCUGGCCUACAUGAACGGUAUCAGCUUUACCAAAGGCUGUUACAUCGGGCAGGAAUUGACAGCCAGGACCCACCACAUGGGUGUCAUCCGCAAACGUCUGCUGCCAGUCCACUUUUCAGCUCCGCUUCCCAAGGACAGCAUUCCCGAGGGUGCCGAGAUCUUAACUGAAUCGGGAAAGUCAGCUGGCAAGUUCCGGGCAGGAGGAGGUGAACUGGGUAUAGCUUUGCUGAGGUUAGCUAAUAUAAAUGAAACGCUCUGCCUAAAUGUAGCGGGUGAUAAAGUGAAGCUCACUGCAAAUAUACCUGAGUGGUGGCCAAAAACUGCUAGUAAAUAAAUGAGGAACCACCACUCGCACAUUUGCCUUAUUGAGGAUAUAUUCUUGUGUGGUAAGUUUGGGAAGGUGACUCUGCCUUCAGCUGUUGUUUGUGGUGUUUGAUGCCAGGAUUCCAGGAUUCUUCAAAUCUGUUGUGUGCACUGAAUGUUUCUGUUCAGAGUAACCAUUCUGUGGUAUUAUAAUGUCUUUUUUUAACGGCGAGUGUGCCGCUCUUUCCUUGCACAAGGUACGUACUCAGGCUAAAUUGUUCACUGCAAAUGACUCCUUGCAUUGAGCUGCUUCUUAAACUUCCCGAUUGGGUGGGUGGUUUUUCCCACCACUCCAACUUGUAAUUAUGUUCAGGAAGAGGAAUUCCUUGUACUCCACAUUUCAGACCUUGAUUUUAAUAAGUCGUCCCCGGUGUGAAAGCUCUCAAACAUCCCGGUCCCCAGCUUCAGCACCGGCAGAGGGAGCACAGCCAGCAGCAGCCAGCUCCUCUGCCGCUCCCGACCUCCGUCCUUCGCCCAAACGACCGUUUCGGAGAGGAAAGGGGUGUUUUACAGAAAUAAGGCGCACUGGUGCGUGGCCUGGGGUGACUGUUGUAUUGUUGUAUUACGAUAAUUCCAUUGCGUGCGUGCUCUUGGAAUGGCGCGUUGUGCAGAAGGGGGUGAUGAGAGAGAUGAGCUGGUGAGAUCCCAUUCUGGCCAAAAAAACGAGACCUCGCAUGAAUAUUUGUAACAAAAACCGUCCAAAGCACAUUUUGCCACUGUUUCAGUGUCACUGGUACUGUGAAGGGGAUUUGUGAAAAAUGCUCAUAUUGGUGAAAACUCUACGCUUGCUGUAAAAUGAGUUUGUGGAAUCUCUCAUUAAAAGUUUAUUGUAUCAAUAAUUUAAAUGUGACUUGUCUGAAAGAGUAGAGACACUGCCUUUUAUUUACCUUGUGUGAAGAUACACAACAGAAUACUUUUUUGGGUUGUUUGCUGACAAGAAACGUCUUACGCUGUUCAUUCUUGUCAUCGCUGACACCCUUUUGUCAGGUUUGAGAUUGUUAAGAAAGUCUUUCUGCCGGAAAAAAUAACGAAACUGCAGUUCUUCACCCUUUCUGGAUCCUCUGAAUGCCACAAAGGCGAGACUGUGCUGCCCGCGUUGAUGCCGCUUUGCCAGAAGCGCCUUUUCUUCCUCUGCUGCCCAUUGUGCAAUGUCUUCUCAGAAUAGUUAUAUUGUCCUGGUAUACACACAGCCUGAAUAAACACCAUGUUUUUUCUGUUAGGGGAA